AUGCAAUCUGCACUCACGCGCCCGAUCCUUUCUUCGACUGCAAAGCCUGGACUCAUCCGAGCAUUUACCGCAGCACCAGCCAUUAUGGCAGCUGGUGACACUGGCUCCCCCAAGCCGCGCGGGUUUCUCGCUGAAAAGGACACAUUCGCCCGUCGCGAGGCCGCACACGAAGGUUUAUACAUCAAGCAGCUGGAGAAGGAGAAGAUUGAUCUACUUCGAAAGAAAUUGAAGGAGCAUCAAAAGCACAACGAGGAACUGGACAAACAUCUAGAGGACCUGCUUGCAGGCCAAGGCGGCGAGAAGAACUAG